AUGCACUACAUAAGCAUUAAGUGCCAAUGGCAUUUGUAUUUGAUUGCACACCCUGUUGUCUGUGGCAGCACUGCAUUGCAGAGGCAAGUGACACUCCAGAGUGAAACCGUGUGGAUCGCAGGUGCGUAUCUGUGCGCUGACUGCCCUGUAAUCCCUUUCUGUGCCUGCAGGUGGUGUGGCCCUUGUAAAAUCCUGGGACCACGGUUGGAGAAGGCAGUUGCCAAGCAGAAGGGUCUUGUUGCUAUGGCAAAGGUGGACAUUGAUGAUCACACGGACUUGGCUAUCGAGUAUGGGGUGUCUGCUGUGCCCACUGUGAUCGCGAUGAAGGGUGGAGACGUUAUUGACAAGUUCGUUGGCAUCAAAGAUGAGGACCAGCUGGACACCUUUGUCAGAAAGCUGAUUGGCCAGUGAG